AUGGCUCGAAUAGCGCUUCGCCAGCGCUGGAGUAUCCUCUGCCAUAAACUUUCCAGACUCGCUCAAAGACAACGACCAUCGAAGAUUGCUGCUCCUUCCACGGAAAAGCAGGGUCUCGAACCCAUGCUAUUCAAAUUCUCGAUGGAACUACUGCUCCAGAUAUUCUCUCAUCUACCCUUACCAAGCCGCGUCUGCCUGGCCCUAAGCUGCAAAGAUCUUUACGAUCUGUUCAGCUGGGUGCUUAAAGCCAAGGAGUUGCGUUUUCCUGGAUUGCGCACUAUGGGGAAACCAUUGUCCACGUCUGACCGGUGGUAUGUUAAGAGCAGGGAGUAUCAUCUGCGGAUGAAGUUGCUCAGUCAACUCGAGGAUAGUAAAUGGACAUGCUGUGCGUAUUGUCAGAAAUUACAUCCGCGCGAAGAGUUUGAUGCGAUGUACCGCUUGAUCGGUCCUUGUUUGAGGCGGUGCAAUGAUUGGGCUGGGAUUUUGGAUUUUUGCCCUUGUAUUUCGAUGACUAUUCGUGAUCGGGCACACGUCGUGAAAUAUCUGAUGAGGAAGUCAACUGAUGACCGCAUUGCUCGUCGGUUUAUUGAUACCGGCUUGUUCAAGGAUUCAGCCAAUGACCAAGGUGGACGUUGUCUCUUACAUGAAUGUCGUGCAUACUCAGCAGUGCAAGCUGUGACCAUACUUACUCUUACUGAAGGUAAUAGGUUGAGGGCUUACUAUUGGUAUAAGCUUCCUACUAAUUAUCUCAUCUCUGAGAUGGUUCCUGUGUGGCUGUGUCCCACUAAGUGGCUUUCUCUCAUGAGAAAUUCGGAUACUUGGCAUUGUCCCAGCUGCAGUUCAGAUAUCACCAAACUGACAGAUUCGAACACUCCAGAUAUGACAGUGGUAAAUGUCAGACGUCCUUUAGGGAUAGGGGAAUGGCCCCGAGCUACCGGAUAUCUUAGAUUAUCGUCUCAAUAUACACUGAGCAUUGACAUGACACCCUGGCUGAACACGAAUAUUCCGUCAUAUGAAGCUUUGAUUGCUAAUUGA